UUCCUAAGAGUGGAUGACGCGUAAAACAUCUACUGCAUGCUAGUUACAUGCCACGUCAUCUUGGGACCCAAAUGCUUCAUCUGGGUCCACAUCAAACGCUUGGCUGCCGCACAUGCUACAAAGACCCAAAGCAAGCAGCCUUAGCCCGAGCUGCUGGUGGCCAAGGAGGCUGCUUCGCUCAUCAGUGAUAGAUUGCGGUGGCGGCGCUUUGGCUCCCCAGAAAUAUUGAUUUUUUUGGCAAGUUAUCACGGCUGGCCAUGGCUAUUUCUGUUGUAAAAUCACAUAUUUGGUCGAGUUAUCUAUCUUUUCUCUUGCAUAUUUUUGCGGCUUCUCUCUUAUUAUUAACUACUUGUGCUUCUGCUCAAGCCUUCUCGGAAGUCGGAAGUGAAGAUGUUGAUAGUGGAAGGAAUAAUUUGUAUUCUGAAAUCUUGAGAGAUGAGGCUGUGGCGAGGCUCAAUGAGCUUGGAAAGGUGAGUGAUGCUGAUAGCUAUCUUGAAAGGACAUUCAUGAGUGCAGCUUCUUUAAGGGCUGCAAAUCUUAUUUGUGGUUGGAUGGAGGAUGCUGGCUUGACAACGUGGAUUGACCGCAUGGGCAAUUUACAUGGUCGUUUUGAAGGAAUGGAUCCAAGUGCUGGGACUCUAUUGAUUGGUUCUCAUUUGGACACUGUUGUUGAUGCUGGGAUAUUUGAUGGGUCCUUGGGCAUAAUCUCAGCAUUGUCUGCUUUAAAGGUGUUGAAAACAACUGGAAUGCUGGGAAAAUUAAAACGGCCAGUUGAGGUUAUUGCAUUUAGUGAUGAGGAGGGUGUGAGGUUUCAGUCUACUUUCUUAGGCAGUGCCGCUAUAGCUGGUAUUUUACCAGUUUCAGCAUUGCAGAUAUCUGACAAGGGUGGUGUAACAGUGCAAGAAAGUCUUAAGGAGCACUCCAUUGAAAUUACUGAAGAAAGCCUAUUACAACUUAAGUAUGAUCCAAAAUCUGUUUGGGGUUAUGUUGAGGUUCAUAUUGAACAAGGACCUCUACUAGAAUGGGUUGGUUUUCCCCUAGGUGUGGUUAAAGGAAUAGCUGGACAGACACGGCUAAAGGUUUUGGUGAAAGGCUCACAGGGGCAUGCUGGCACGGUUCCAAUGGCUUUACGGAAAGAUCCCAUGGCUGCUGCUGCCGAGUUAAUUAUACUGUUGGAACGUCUCUGUAAAAAUCCUAAAGAUUUUCUGUCUUAUGAUGGGCAAUGCAAUGAUUCCACAAUUGAGUCACUUUCCAGUUCCCUUGUUUGUACUGUUGGGGAGAUAUCGACCUGGCCAAGUGCAAGCAAUGUCAUUCCAGGCCAGGUAACUUUCACUGUAGAUAUACGUGCAAUGAAUGAUAUGGGACGUGAAGCUGUCAUUUAUGAGUUAUCUAAGCAGAUAUAUCAAAUUUGUGAUAGACGAUCUGUUUCUUGCAUCAUUGAACGCAAGCAUGACGCGAAUGCAGUGGUCUGUGAUUCUGAAUUAAGUUCACAGCUGAAGUUUGCAGCUAAUGCUGCACUAAAGAGAAUGACUGGUGAGAUUCAAGAUGAAGUUCCUACACUAAUGAGUGGAGCAGGACAUGAUGCAAUGGCUAUAUCUCGUCUGACUAAGGUUGGGAUGCUAUUUGUCCGAUGCCGCGGAGGCAUAAGUCACUCCCCUGCAGAACAUGUGUUGGAUGAUGAUGUUUGGGCAGCUGGGUUGGCAAUCUUGGCAUUUCUGGAGACCCACCUGUAAAUAGAACAUUCACCGGCCUCCCCUGCAGAACAUGUGUUUGGAUGAUGAUGUUUGGGCAGCUGGGUUGGCAAUCUUGGCAUUUGUGGAGACCCACCUGUAAAUAGAACAUUCAUCCUAAUAAGAAUUCAAUUCAAUUGUAUAAAUGAUAUAUUAUAUGUAUAUAAAUAAUUAUUAUAUGUA